AUGGCCCCUAGGAGGAGGGUAUUUGGACAGAUGCUGCGUGACUAUCGACAGCCGAGACCAUAUCGUGCUGACGCCAGUUUCACCUCCUGGUCCACCAGAAUCAUUGAACUCUUUUGGACACUUCAGGAAUGGUUGGAACUUCAGUGCAAACGGCAAUCAGAGUACGAAACUAGGAAAAGCAGAAUGGCGAUGCCCACGGACGAUACCGACUACGAUGCCGGCGAAACGUUUGGGAAUGUACCACGUCCAUGGUCCUACUCUGGAAAUGAUGAUGCAGACAAUGGACUCCGGACUAUAUGCGUUCCUCUAAGUCUUCCUGCCAAUAUGACCAUGUUGCGAAAACAAGGUCAAACACUCUCUAAUAUUAAGGAAGUUGUCGGACUAUGGACGCUGGGAAUUAUCAUUAGGAUAGCAGAGGACAAGAUGCAGCCAACUAGGCCACGCUGA